UUUAUAGUUGUUUACUUUGUGUCUUGAACACGGAUUGCUCUUUUAAUUGAAACAUGGUGAUUUUGUAUUAAACUUCAAACGGAAAACUCAUUCUAGGAGGUUGUUAAAUACCAAUACCGGCACAAAUGGACAUGGAAGACGCCGACGAUGCUAUGGAAAUAGACGACCCUAUCCCAGUCACGCCUAUAAUUGAAAGAAGGGCUGACUUUGCAGAUAUCGAGAAAAAUAUUGAGAUAAUGAACCUUAAAAGUAGUUGUAAUGCUGCGAGCAUUGUAAUUCUGGAUGAUGACGAUGACGAGACAAUUAGAAAAGAGCCGGGACCGGUAAAAGAAAUAAUUGAUUUGGUAGAAAAGCCAAAAUGUACUCGAUGUGUGAAUACAAACUGCAAGGGAAACAAUUCAAAUGUCAUCUUUGCUCCAGAUUUUUCAUUGUCUUAUUUUCGUGUAAAGAAGUCCAAAAGUGGUAAGGAAGAGAUUUGUAUGGAUUGCUACCUUCAGGCAGUCCAUGAUAAUGAUAAACUGGCCACUGCUCUCACAGAAGGCAACCUCCUUUUUGAUAUCGAUUUUCCAAUCGUCAAUGAAACUCUUCAGAUUGAUGAUUCAGAUGAAGAAGACAAUCCAAACAGUGAAAUGGAAUAUAUGUCUGAUGAAAAUUUUAAAUUUAUCAGUGAUAACAUAGAAAAUAUCUUGCUGGAGACCAUUGACAAAUUUGAUGUCAAAAAUCAAAUAGAUAAAGAACGGGCAUUUUUGACUCAGAGAGCCAAACAAGUUGAAGCUGAUUGUGAAGAACUAGAGACCAAAGUCAAAGAUGUGAGAACUUGUUUAGAUAAGAUCCAGAUUGAUUUAUACAAUCAAUUUAGACCAGACUUGAGGAUGUUAAAGGGCAUUAGUAUUAUGGAUGAUUAUACAGUAAGCCCCAUAAUUCAAAUACGAGCAGAAAUCACUCCCAAUCUGGAGAUGCAGAGAAAAAGUACCCGUCUGCACAAUUCUAAGGAUGAAUUAGGCAGCCCUCUCACUAAAACACCCAUUAAAACUGAAGUUGAAAUUCCAAAAGAUUUACCCAUCAAUUCAUUGCUCGAUAAACCUCUACCCCAAAUUGACUCGAUCUACUACAUUACGAGAAAAAACAACAGUCAGGCAUCGUGGAUAAAGGCCCGGCUGCAGCAAGUGAUUCCGCCAAAUACAAAUUAUAACGGCCAGGUUUGGCCUGCGACCACUUACAGACUUGUCGAGUUGAAACAGCAACGAGAAAGACUAUUGAGUGGGAAAGAUGUUGCUUAUAUGACGGCUUGUAAGUCUCGUUUAGCGGUAGGUACGAGAGUUAUAUCCGUUUUCAAAGAUUCAAACCAACUGGUUGAAGCGAAACAACCUAAAAGUGAUCCAUAUUAUGCGGGAAUUGUAGGAGAACAUCCUGUUGAAUCUAAUAAAUACAGAUAUUUAAUAUUUUUCGAUAUUGGUUACUCCCAGUACGUUUCGCACUCUGGCAUCAAUCUCGUAUUCGAGGCGAGCGCGAACGUGUGGGAAGACAUGCCCGCAGAUCAGAGACCCUUCAUUAAAAAAUACUUGGAGAGUCAAGACAGACCAAUGGUAAAACUGUUGAAGCACCAAACCGUCAGGGUAGAAUACAACGCCAAGUGGUGGCCCUGUGCGGUAAUCAAUGUGGAUUGCUCGCUCGUUCAGGUGCGUUUCAGUUCUUUGAAGAGGACCGAAUGGAUAUAUAGGGGUUCGACUCGGUUGAAUCCGAUGUUUAGGGAGGAACAAGCGGCCACGAACCGCCACACCGGUUUGAGGGGACGAAAAAUUGGACACAAUGAAUCGGCUUCGGUUGUGCAAUACACUCGGAACACAGAUUUUAUCCAAAACAGUCAAUCUCCCACAGAGAAUAAUAGUUCUACAGUCAGGGCGGUAGCCCGAAAGAGCACCGCGCAACCCCACGCCAACGCGGCUCCCAACGUUGUACCGUUCUUACCUCCUGUAAAUAAGACUCCCGCAAAUGUCACCGGACCAACGAGCAAAAUUAUGUACUUUACGCCGAGGGAUCAGCAAGUGACAAAGCGCGAGUACAGGCCUCACGAAUGUUCGCCAGCUUGCAAAGCGUAUCUCACCCAUAACUUUACGAAGUUGCGCGGCCACAAUCCUUUGUCCAAGCCUUUGCUGUGCGGAUGGGCCCGAAUGACUUUGAAAGAUAGGGGUAGGAAGGAGAUCAUUUAUAAGGCACCGUGCGGACGCAUGAUCAGGGAUAUCGGCGAAAUUCACUACUAUCUGCGCGUGACCGAAAGCGAGAUGACAGUGGACUUGUUCGAUUUCAAUCACAUGGUGCGAUGUUUGGCCGAGUUUAGCGUCGAAUGCACUCCUGACCCGAAAGACUUGUCGAAAGGAUUGGAACAGGUGCCGAUUCCGGUGAUAAACGGCUUCAACAACGAUAUGCUAGAUUUUUGCAACUACUCUAUCAAGAGAGUUCCCAUGGAGGGAGUGCAUAUGAACCUGAACCAAGACUUUUUGUGCGGAUGCGAUUGCGAUGACGAUUGCGUCGACAAGCUGAAAUGUUCCUGCUGGAAAUUAACCCUAGAAGGGUUGAAAUAUUUGGGAAAAGAUAUCGAUCCUAUAUCUGUCGGAUACAUAUACAGGCGGUUGCAGGAGCAAGUGAUCACGGGUAUUUAUGAAUGUAAUCCCAGAUGUAAAUGCGGACCUACGUGUCUGAAUCGUGUUGCCCAGAACCCAAUGACACUGAAAUUACAAGUGUUCAAAACUCACAACCGAGGGUGGGGUAUUAGGUGUCUGAACGACAUCCCUCAAGGUACUUUUAUAUGUAUCUACGCCGGUACCCUCCACACCGAACAAAUGGCCAACGAAGAUGGUAUCCAGUAUGGCGACGAGUAUUUCGCCGAGCUGGAUUAUAUUGAGACAGUUGAGAAAUUCAAACAAGAUUACGAAGAGGAAGCAUACGAAGAGGAAGAGGAAACUACUAGAGAAAAAAGUAAAAGUCCCCCUCCGGAAGACGACGACCCGGACGGAACUCCCGUGAAACCGUUUGGAAUAAAAGCCCGUAGAAACAAUUACCUGGAGGAUAACGAUUUUUCGCCUGGCAGCGCAGCUAUUCCCAAAUCUAACGCGGAUACAAUCCGGUCGAGAUUGAGAAAGAGGAAGGACGAAGAGGAAAAGAAGGAAGAGAAAAAGGAACCUCAGGUUAAGGUUAAGCCAGAUCCGGAUAGAAACGUCAAAGCCAUUAUCGAAAGUGUCACAGACAAUAUCGAUACAGUUACUAUAAGCGAUGACGAAGACGAGGGAAGAGAGGUACUCAGUUUCAACCCAAAAGCGAAUACCGAUUUAGAUGAUAGAGGUUUAAAGUACAUAUCGGUUAGAGAAUUGUUUGGACCGGGUGAAAAAGAGAAUAUAUAUAUCAUGGACGCGAAGAACGCUGGCAAUAUCGGACGCUUUCUGAAUCACUCGUGUUCGCCCAACGUCUUUGUUCAAAAUGUUUUCGUCGAUACUCACGAUCUAAGGUUCCCUUGGGUCGCGUUUUUCUCAUCGCAGUUUAUUCGUGCUGGCACAGAACUCACCUGGAACUAUAAUUACGAUAUCGGCAGUGUACCGGGUAGGGUGCUCUACUGCCAUUGCGCCUCGUUGGAAUGCAAGGGCAGAUUAUUGUAAUUUUUCAAGAUUUAGGAAUAUUUUAUUUAUUUUGGCGUUAAGUAAUUUUUAUUUUAUCGAAAUAAAAAAAAUUGUAAAAUAAGUUCAUUAACGUUUAUGAUAAAAAUUAAAUGUGGCCAUCUUGAGCGAAUUUAGCAAUUUUAAAUAUUUGUAUGAAGAAAAAACGAAUCGAGUAAAAUCAGACCGAUCCUCUUUUUUUCUUGGGUGGUGUUUUAUUGUCAACACUACGUCAGUGAGUAUUCUUGGAAAAUCUUUUUUUUUAAUUGCGGGGCAAAAAAUUGGCCAUGGAAAUGUGAUAUUUUCAAACCUUUUGGAAACAAAUUUAUAUUUAAUUGUUUUGUACAGUAAAAGUGUGUAGUAAAAAACAAACUGUACAUAUUAUUUUGCGGCAUCAAACUGAAAUUGGGUAAUUCCAUAGUCUCACGAUAAACUUUAAAUCUACAAGUUUGUCACCCCCAGUGGAGGUAUCGGUCGAAGUUAAUCAGUUUACACACUCUUGUCCUUAGGUGUAAAUGAUCGCGUAUAUGUUCCAAAUAGCAAAUCAUAGCAAAAAUAUUCCACUAUAAUUUGUUAUUGGUUUUACCUACCCAAGAAAGGAAAAUUUCGGAUAAAAUAAAAAAAAUCAAUUUUGAUUGGUUAAAAGCUUCUGAUAUAUGAGUAUGUUUAGAAGAAAAAAAAUGACGCCAGAGGUUGGUGUGUAAAAUUUAACGGCAUGCGUGGAACUAUCUCUAUCUUUAUAAAAAUGUCCCAGCAGUGUGAGGCUCAUCAAUCUUAUCUAAUAUAAACGGUGUAUGAAAUUAAGUGCGCAGUAUUUCUAUCUUUUUUGUUAUUAGAGAUACGCGGUCAGUUAAAUUAACAUCGUAGUACUUUUCACGCUGAUUAGGAUAUAGAAUGCAGAA